CAACAUCAGGGGACACCAGAUGGGGACGAGUCGAUAAGUCAACCUCCGUGGAUGUUACGCGGAGAGGUGUUUAUAUUCGAUUACGGAGUAGCAGUGUUCUGGAAUCUGAGUGAACAAGAAGAGAACAAGCUACUAGAGAUCAUACAGAAGUUCACCGUCGGAGGUUUACCAAAAGAUGACUGCGAGAAUGAAGACUUUCAUUACCAAUACGACAUAUAUGGUCCUCACCAGCCGCGCAUUUUCAACGACAUGAUCACCCUGAAGAGUGGAAACGAGCUCAUCAAACUUACGAUAUCACACGGAUUGGCACAAUCAGUGAAACUGGCUUUCUUCGAGAAUGUCAUGGAGGAAACGAUUGACGGCACCAUCCCACUUCCACGAGCGAUGGCGACCCAUGGCGAAGUCAGGAUGACGCGUACCGAUGUGAUGAAGAUUGUUGGGCAGCUGUUCAAGCUGAAGAUGAAUGUGAACCUGAUCAGCAAUGUUCUUGAUACCCCGGAGUUGUUCUGGAGUGAGCCGGAGUUGGAGGGGUUGUAUUCCGCCAUCAGAGGGUAUCUCGAAAUCUCACAGAGGGCGAAACUGCUCAACACCAGAGCGGACAUUAUUUCGGAUUUACUCGACAUGCUCUGCGACCAUAUGAAUGUCAACGAAAUGACGUACAUCACAUGGAUCAUCAUUAUACUAAUCGUGUUUGCCGUCAUCAUCGCGGCUGCUGAGGUCUGGGUGAAAGUCCUCAGGGUGAGAGCUGGGAUGGAUUGAGACCAUCAGGUUACCCGACUGCGUGGGCCCCAUACCGGGGCGGAAGCCAGGUUGGCUGAGAAGGAGGAGCAUUUACCGCAAUCCAGCGGAGUUUGCGAGCGCCUGCGAGCCCCCUUUUGGGUGAGCGCCUUGGAGGCCGAGCAGUGCCGGAAUUAUUGGUUGGAUGGGAUGGGGUAGACCGUCAGCCAGUUGGGCAGUCUUUCGGUCCAUCUGCAUAUGUAUAUAAUCACGCGCGCGAUGUAGGUAUAUGGCAGACCAGCUCAUAUAGUGUAGUGAGGCGUGGACUCCCCAUUUUCGCGGCGUUUUUCUCGGCACUCGAAGUCUAAUAAACCUGUGGAGUCAAUUCUGUAUAUAUCCUUCUCAUCCUU